UUCAAAGUGCUCGAUAGAGGGAUAGGCAAUACAUGCUCUCUACGGAGCCAGCGCGGUGUAUUGGCUUUCGAGACUCCUAUCUCUUCUUCCAGAAGCACAGGCUGCUCUACAAGAUCAUUAUCGACGACGAAGCCAAGCGCGACCUUAUCGAACGAGACAUCAUCCCUCACUCGUACAAGGGCCGAGCAAUCGGCAUCGUGACUGCGCGGUCUGUCUUUCGCGAAUUCGGCGCGCGCAUCAUCAUUGGUGGUCGGAAGGUCGUGGAUGACUACCAUGCUCAGGAAGCGAGAGACAGAGGAGAUGUAGAGGGCGAAUUAGCCGUGCCUGAGGACAGAUUGCCCGCUCCCGGGGAGAAGUAUAACAAGAACCAGUAUGUUGCGUGGCAUGGGGCGAGCAGUGUGUAUCACUCGGGAGUGCCAUCGGUGCCCAUGCCCGUUAGCAAGGCAGUGGAGAGCAAGAAGAGGAAGAUUGUGGUUACGGGGGACAAUUGGAUGGUCCAGCAUGCUCGUGAAGCUAGUCGCUUCAACUCUGAACUGGCGAGUCUACGGCGAGAAAACAUCAACGGCGUGUAUGACAUACACACCAACUUGAUGAUGUAUCCCAAGACGAUGCAGCCAACCCACGCUCGCUGGGAGCAGAUCGAGCCAUCUGAAGACGCCUCCUCAUCCUCGACCUCAUCCUCUACAUCUACCACUAUCUUUCCAUCAGUCCGAGGCAUCUUCAGCCGCAACUUCCGCAUCCAUGACAUCGCCUACGAGUCCGCGCCCAACACGUCUCUCAACCUCGUCCCCGGGCCAGACGGGGACUACCACGACCUCGGCUCCAACGGACUGAUCUCACUAGACAAAGAAGCCAGCAGCAGCGGCGGCGGCGACAACGACCGCGACGCUGGCUCUGAAGGAAUCAACUUCAAAAUGACGCCGGAGGUGCUGGCCGAGCUACCUGAGGACUGUCGACAAGCCUACCUCGACGCCGCAGCCCGGGAGUGGCAGUGGAAGAACAAGUGGAAAGGCGAGAGAGUCGACGGCGCCAGAGCCAACCUUGCCAUGAACUUCUCCUGGACUCCCUAA